CUUUCUGGGUGGGGGGCGGGGUCCUGGUCGUGCCCGCGGGACCUGCCUUCGUGAGGCGGCCCGGGCCUGUGCGCCGUGGGGCCCGGGUCUCGGGGCUUCCUCACCUGGGAGGUGCGGGCAGUGUCUCCAUAGUGCUGCGCGGUGGCCGCGACCCAGGGGCUGUGCCUGAUGCACGCGCGACCUCCCCUGGGGUCCCCCGGGCCGGCUUGCUUUCCCAGCGGCUGGGGCAGCAGGUGUGGUCAGGCGGGGCUGGUCUGGGCCUCUGGCCCUGACCCUUCUCAUGCUGUGGCCCGGAGCCCCAGCCUCCUGGAGAGCCAGGCCGCGCCCUGCUCCACCCAGCUGCCCAGCCCUGGCUGGGGUGAGGAUGGCCCUUCCCUGCUCUGGGCCCGGGCGCUUCCAGGGCUGGCUCUCUUUUUCCCCUACGGCAAGCAGGCAGGCCUUGGGGACCACAGCCCAGCCUCUGAAGGGAGCCAGGGACAGGACCGGAGUCCUGGACGUUUGACACUUACUGUGUCCUGGCCAGGGACACCGAGGUGGGAGGGGCUAAGCAGCCUCUGCCCUGCUCGGAGAUUCAGGCCUUUGCUCUGGGGAUAGCGGACCACUCAGGCCAGGGGCUGCAGAGGAGACUGGGCCCUUCACACAGGGAUGUCGCCUGUGGUGGAAACGGCACAGUUGUUCCUAGGGUUGCACAAGGUGGCCUGGCCCGCCGGCUUCUUUGUCACAUCAGAGCAUGGCACUGCCAUGCCUGCUGCCUGGGGACACCAGGGGCUUCCCCCAAGGUGGGGGUGUGCAUGUGUGGCUGAGGCAGCUCCCAGCCUGAGGCCAGACGCUGGGUCCCCUCCGCCUUGGGAGGUGGCACAAGGGCCCUCCUGGGCAGCACCCGUGGAAGAGGGGCUGGCAGGGAUGUGGGAAGAAGGGUGCCCUCCCCCUCCAGGAGAACCAAGUGUGGGGCGUGGGGUGAGCAGGCCCUGUCUCCACGACAGAGGGGACCCGGGCGCUGCCUGUCCCCCUUUCUUCUCUCGGCGGACCCCAGCUUGCUUCCAGAGCUUUUCUCCUAAGCCGCCAGGAGGAGCUUCUCUUGGUCCCAUCUGGAGACUGGGGUGGCCAGUCUGCAAUUUCAUGUCCCACGAGAAAUGCCUGAAGCACGUGAGGACCCCAUGCACGAGUGUGGCGCCCAGCCUGGUCCGGGUGGCUGUGGCCCAUUGCUUCGGCCCCCGCGGACUCUACAAGCGGAAGUUCUGUGGUGUCUGCCGCAAGGUCUUGGAGGCGCCCGCGCUCCGCUGUGAAGUGUGUGAGCUGCACCUCCACCCAGACUGUGUGCCCUUCGCCUGCAGUGACUGCCGCCAAUGCCACCAGGACGGGCACCAGGACCACGACACCCACCACCACCACUGGCGGGAGGGGAACCUACCCUCCGGAGCCCGCUGCGAGGUCUGCCGGAAGGCGUGCGGCUCCUCUGACGUGCUGGCCGGUGUGCGCUGCGAGUGGUGUGGGGUCCAGGCGCACUCUGUCUGCUCUGCGGCCCUGGCCCCCGAGUGUGGCUUCGGGCGCCUCCGCUCCCUGGUCCUGCCCCCUGCGUGCGUGCGCCUGCUGCCUGGCGGCUUCAGUAAGACGCAGAGCUUCCGCAUCGCUGAGGCGGCGGAGCCAGGUGAGGGGGGCGAUGGCGCGGACGGGAGUGCUGCCGCGGGGCCAGGCAGAGAGACGCCAGUGGCUCCGGAGUCUGGGAAGAAAACGAUGAAGAUCUUCGAUGGCGACGAUGCGGUGAGGAGAAGCCAGUUCCGCCUCAUCACAGUGCCCCGCCUAGCCAGUGCGGAGGAGGUGUUGGAGGCUGCGCUCCGGGCCCACCACAUCCCCGAGGACCCUGGCCACCUGGAGCUGCGCCCUCUGCCCCCUUCCUCGCAGGCCUGUGACGCCUGGGCUGGGGGCAAGGCUGAGAGUGCUGUGAUCUCGGAGGAGGGCAGAAGCCCAGGGUCUGGGGAGGCCACGCCGGAGGCCUGGGUCAUCCGGGCUCUGCCUCGGACCCAGGAGGUCCUGAAGAUCUACCCUGGCUGGCUCAAGGUGGGCGUGGCCUACGUGUCCGUGCGAGUGACCCAGCAGAGCACCGCCCAGUCCGUGGUGCUGGAGGUCCUGCCGCUGCUCGGCCGCCAGGCGGAGGGUCCUGAGAGCUUCCAGCUGGUCGAGGUGGCAAUGGGCUGCAGGCAUGUCCAGCGGACGGUGCUGGCAGAUGAACAGCCCCUGCUGGCCCGGCUACGGGACAUCCGGCAGGUGUCUGUGCGGCAGCUGAGUCAGACGCGGUUCUACGUGGCGGAGAGCAGGAAUGUGGCCGCGCACAUCUCCCUGUUCGUUGGCGGCCUGCCUCCCGGCCUGGCCCCCGAGGAGUACAGCAGCCUGUUGCUUGAGGCCGUGGCUGCCGAAGCCACCACGGUGUCUGUGAGUCACGUCUACUCCUCCCAAGGCGCGGUAGUGCUGGAUGUCACCUGCUGUGCGGAGGCCGAGCGGCUGUACACGAUGCUCAAGGGCACGGCGGUGCGGGGCCGGCUGCUCACGGCUCUGGUGCUCCCUGACCUGCUGCAUGCGAGGCUGCCCCCAGACAGCCGUCCCCUCCUUGUGUUCGUGAACCCCAAGAGUGGAGGUCUCAAGGGCCGUGACCUGCUCUGCAGCUUCCGGAAGCUGCUGAACCCCCACCAGGUCUUUGAUCUGACCAAUGGGGGUCCUCUUCCUGGGCUCCACGUGUUCUCCCAGGUGCCCUGCUUCCGGGUGCUGGUGUGCGGUGGCGACGGCACCGUGGGCUGGGUGCUUGGCGCCCUGGAGGAGACCCGGCACCGACUGGCCUGCCCGGAGCCUUCUGUGGCCAUCCUGCCCCUGGGCACAGGGAAUGACCUUGGCCGAGUCCUCCGCUGGGGGGCGGGCUACAGCGGCGAGGACCCCUUCUCCGUGCUGCUGUCUGUGGACGAGGCCGAUGCUGUGCUCAUGGACCGCUGGACCAUCCUGCUGGAUGCACAUGAGGCUGGCGGUGCAGAGAACGGCACGGCAGAUGCAGAGCCCCCCAAGAUCGUGCAGAUGAGUAACUACUGUGGCAUUGGCAUUGACGCGGAGCUGAGCCUGGACUUCCACCAGGCACGGGAAGAGGAGCCUGGCAAGUUCACAAGCAGGCUGCACAACAAGGGUGUGUACGUGCGGGUGGGGCUGCAGAAGAUCAGCCACUCUCGGGGCCUGCACAAGGAGAUCCGGCUGCAGGUGGAACGGCAGGAGGUGGAGCUGCCCAGCAUCGAGGGCCUCAUCUUCAUCAACAUCCCCAGUUGGGGCUCGGGGGCCGACUUGUGGGGCUCCGACAGUGAUGCCAGGUUUGAGAAGCCACGCAUGGAUGACGGGCUGCUGGAGGUGGUGGGUGUGACGGGCGUCGUGCACAUGGGCCAGGUCCAGGGCGGGCUGCGCUCUGGAAUCCGGAUCGCCCAGGGUUCCUACUUCAGAGUCACGCUCCUCAAGGCCACCCCGGUGCAGGUGGACGGGGAGCCCUGGAUCCAGGCCCCGGGACAUAUGAUCAUCUCAGCUGCUGGCCCUAAGGUCCACAUGCUGAGGAAGGCCAAGCAGAAGCCGAGGAGGCCCGGGACCACCAGGGAUGCCCGGGUGGAUGCCGCACCUGCCCCUGAGGGCGAUCCUAGGUAGGGGUGGCCAGGACAGGCUGGGGGCUCCUUUGGUCUCUGCCCCCACUGGCUUGUUUUCAGGUGGUCUGGAGGCAGCUGUGUCCUCACAGUGGCCAGCCCCGUGGUCCAACCUGGCUUCAGCCCUGACUGCAGCACCUUCCUGGGCCUGGAGUGGGACCAGCCCUCAUCCCAUUGGUGCCACACAUGGGUGUCACCACCUUCAUCCCACUGGAGACCGCCGUGUGGGUGGCAGUGUGUCCCCAUGUCCCGGGUGGAUACAGGCUCUGGCUGGCAAGCCCUCUGCCCUGUGGGGGCCCAGUCCUCUCCUGGAGGAUGAGCAGCCAUCCCUCCAUACCUCUCCCCACUGAGCCCCUUGAGCUGGACAGUGCUGGACGCAGGCCGUCCAGGUGGGUCUGACCUUGCUUUGUGCCCCUCAGGCCGUGCCCCUGGCUGGUCCUUCAUAGCAGCAGGCUCCCUUGGCAUGUCCCUGUCCCAGUACAUACGCUGCUAGCCCCUCUAGCGUCACUUCCCCACCCCGGGCAGCCCCUCUAGCCUCAGUUUCCCACCCUGGGCAGCCCCUGGCAGGCAGCGUUUAUCGGGCUGCCUGGUGGUGGCGACUGGUGACUUCCUCAUGUGUCUUGGGGGAAUGGAGAAGGUGCCUUCCUUCGUUUUCUGGCCUUGUUAUAUACAGAUGGCAGCUUGGACACCAAGUGCAGCCGCAGGGGUAGGCAGUGCCCGGCUGGGCCUGGCUGCCCUUUCCUAGUGCCUGUGCUGGGUGAGGAGAACCUCUGUCCGCAUGGAGGGCAAGUCUUGGGUGCCGCCCUGCCAGCACCACAGUGUGCGUCUGCCCCUCGGCCCUCGGAGUGGGCACUGAGCACGCAGAAGGGACCAGAAGCAGGGCCUGGCGGUGCAGAGGAGCUGGAGGAGGUGUAAAUAGCUGCAUUCGUGUGGAGGAGGAGCUGGCUUUCAGCCCGACCCCACGCUAGCACUUUCCACGCUGCUUGAAAGCCGCUGACGUGCAGCUUUGUGUCUGUGUGGGCCGCCGUGCUCGGUCCUGUCCCUCGUCAGCAUGUGGAGAUCCUGCUCCCGCAGCGCCCCUGCUCCCAUGCCCCCAGACAGCGCGAUGGUGCUGUGUCUGGGCCAGACUGGGGUGCACCCAGGCAGACACAUACAGCUGCUUCCACGUGCUCAAGGAUUCAGACGGCACACUGGCUCUGGGAGGAGUCUGACCAAAAAUUAAGCCGCCUCUGCGGGAAGCCUCCUGACUCCCCCCAUGAGAAAUGGUCCCGGUCGCGCCCUUUCCCUUGUGGGGCACAGCUGGCCUGGGCCUCCCAUUCUGGGCCAGAGCUUUCCUGGGUGUGGCCUUGACCUCAGAAGUGGCUCUGGUUUGGCCCCAGGAGUGUGUGACCUGGCCCAGCCUGCAGCCUCCUGGCGAGCCCUUGGUGUCACUAACCCCCCCAGCGCCGCCCCCGUCCCCGCCGCUUCUGCCAAAACUGCACAGACAUGCAUUGUCAGGCCGCUUGUGGCCUCCAGUGUACACGCCUGUUUACGUCGGCUGUCCCACCGUCAAAACCAGCCCCUCGUGUGUGACUAGUUUUGCUUUGCAAGCCUCGGUGUGGACUGUGGCCUGUAUGAAUCGUGUAUAACUGUGGUGAGGGGAUUGUCCUGUGUGAGUGAGCCUGUGCCCUGCACACUGGGCCCCUCUGUAUUUAUCGCUGCCUGAAUGCAACAGUAAUUUAUAUCUGGGACAAAUACAGACUGGGCAUCACUGUC